AGAGAAGAGGCUCCACGCUGGGCGGGGAUGGGGCCUGAAACUCUCUGGGUCUGAGCCUGGGGAGCCAGAGCCACUUGUCCCUCUCCCUCCCAAGGACCCUUGAGAUCCCUGGGCCAGAGAGGUCCAAUCAGGCUAAGGGCCUGGGAUGCCCCCUGCCUGGCCCCCUUGCCCUGACUGGCAGGGGGGCCAGGCUGGGCAGCAGCCUUCCUCUCACUCCAGCCAUGGAUCUCCUGCCCCCCAAGCCCAAGUACAACCCACUUCGGAAUGAGUCUCUGUCAUCGCUGGAGGAGGGAGCUUCAGGGUCCACCCCACCGGAGGAGCUGCCUUCCCCAUCAGCCUCGUCUCUGGGGCCCAUGCUGCCACCUCUGCCUGGGGACGAUAGUCCCACUACCCUGUGCUCCUUCUUCCCCCGGAUGAGCAACCUGAAGCUGGCCAACCCGGCUGGGGGGCGCCUGGGGCCGAAGGGGGAGCCAGGAAGGGCAGCCGAGGAUGGGGAGGGGAUCGUAGGGGCAGCCAUGCCGGACUCAGGCCCCCUGCCCCUCCUCCAGGACAUGAACAAGCUGAGUGGAGGCGGCGGGCGCAGGACUCGGGUGGAAGGGGGCCAGCUGGGGGGCGAGGAGUGGACCCGCCACGGGAGCUUUGUCAAUAAGCCCACGCGGGGCUGGCUGCAUCCCAACGACAAAGUCAUGGGACCCGGGGUUUCCUACUUGGUUCGGUACAUGGGCUGUGUGGAGGUCCUGCAGUCAAUGCGCGCCCUGGACUUCAACACCCGGACUCAGGUCACCAGGGAGGCCAUCAGUCUGGUGUGUGACGCUGUGCCGGGUGCUAAGGGGGCAACAAGGAGGAGAAAGCCCUGUAGCCGUCCACUCAGCUCCAUCCUGGGGAGGAGUAACCUGAAAUUUGCUGGAAUGCCAAUCACUCUCACCGUCUCCACCAGCAGCCUCAACCUCAUGGCUGCAGACUGCAAACAGAUCAUCGCCAACCACCACAUGCAGUCCAUCUCGUUUGCGUCCGGCGGGGACCCGGACACAGCCGAGUAUGUCGCCUAUGUUGCCAAAGACCCGGUGAAUCAGAGAGCCUGCCACAUCCUGGAGUGUCCCGAAGGGCUUGCUCAGGACGUCAUCAGCACCAUUGGCCAGGCCUUCGAGUUGCGUUUCAAACAAUACCUCAGGAACCCGCCCAAGCUGGUCACCCCCCAUGACAGGAUGGCUGGCUUUGAUGGCUCAGCUUGGGAUGAGGAGGAAGAAGAGCCACCUGACCAUCAGUACUAUAAUGACUUCCCUGGGAAGGAGCCCCCUCUUGGGGGGGUGGUGGACAUGAGGCUUCGGGAAGGAGUCCCCCCGGGGGCUGCUCGACCCACUCCACCCAGUGCCCAGACCCCUAGCCACCUGGGAGCCACACUGCCAGUGGGGCAGCCUGUUGGAGGAGACCCAGAAGCCCGCAAACAGAUGCUGCCCCCGCCACCCUGCCCAGCAGGCAGAGAGCUCUUUGAUGAUCCCUCCUAUGUCAAUGUCCAGAACCUAGACAAGGCACGGCAAGCAGGCGGUGGGGCCGGGUCCCCCAAUCCUGCCAUCAAUGGCAGCGCGCCCCGAGACCUCUUUGACAUGAAGCCCUUUGAAGAUGCCCUGCGGGUGCCUCCACCUCCCCAGUUGGUGGCCAUGGCUGAGCAGCUCCGAGGGGAGCCCUGGUUUCACGGGAAGCUGAGCCGGCGGGAGGCCGAGGCACUGCUACAGCUCAACGGGGACUUCCUGGUGCGGGAAAGCACGACCACUCCUGGCCAGUAUGUGCUCACUGGCCUGCAGAGUGGGCAGCCCAAGCACCUGCUACUGGUGGACCCUGAGGGUGUGGUUCGGACAAAGGAUCACCGCUUUGAGAGUGUCAGUCACCUCAUCAGCUACCACAUGGACAAUCACUUGCCCAUCAUCUCUGCGGGCAGCGAACUGUGUCUCCAGCAACCUGUGGAGCGGAAACUGUGAUCUGUCCCAGUGCUGUCUCCUAGAAGAUGCCCUGCGACCCCUUCCACCGUAUUGCCCAAUUCUUAGGACCUCACUUGGGAGUGUUCUGUGGGCUUGGCCUUGUGUAGGGAUGGGGGUAGUGUGGACAUUGGGUUCAGCAUCCAGCUGAGUGAGAGGGUUUGAGUCAGGAGCCAGGGGUAGAGUCCUGCUUCUCCCCAAACCUCACCAAAGUAUUAAUGUACAGAGUGGCCCCCUUCCCUGGGCCUUUCCUGUGCCAACUUGAUACCCCUUCCCCAAGGUGGGUGCUGGAGGCCUGGGCAGUAUGCCUCCUUGUAAUGAAAAAUGUCCUGUGGUGAUAGGCCCAGUGGAGCAAUCACCCUUCCAGGGAAGGGGAAUGAAUCACACCCUUAGUCUACCCCUGGGCUCAGGGUACCCCAGACCCCUCUCAACAACCCUCCCUCCCAGCGUUUAAACUUUGUGCCUUUGACCAUCUGCUAGGUCUGAAGAUAUUUUAUGCAAAGAGUUCUUGGGCCCCUGAAGUCAAGCAUGGGGGUGCUGACACCUUGGCUUCUGGGACCCCGUCCUCUCCUUGCUCAGUACCCCCUCUCGUUUAGGUUGGGUGAACAGAGGCAGGAGUGGCAGCUGUCCCCUCUCCACCGGGAUAUGCAGCCCUUAGAGAUUGCCUCAGAGCCCCCUCCCAGCCAGUGGGGUGAUGGACCCGCUUCUUGCUCAGUGCCUCUUGGGUGGGGCCCCUCACCCCAGGGGGUCUAUAUAUACAUUUGGCAAGUCCAUUCCCCCCCCCCCCUCCAUGUUGCAUGCAUGUUAUACUCUAGAGCCAAAGUACAGCCCUUCCUCCUGUAGCCUCUGCCCUGCCUCCCCCUGCUGGGGGGAUGACUGAAGUGUCAUCCUAGGUGGAUUUUGUGGAGGUGGGAACAGGGGCACUGAGACUCUAAAGCAGUAGACAAUCCCCAGAUACCAUCGGUAGAUUUGGAACUGCGUUUAUUUUUUAUUUUAUAUGCAUAUAUUUUAGGGCUGUAGAUUUACUUUACUAAUUUGUUUUCCAUAGCUUAUUCCUGAGCACAAAAUGAUAAUCGAUUUAUACAUCACCUUUUUGACUUUUCAAAGCCCUUUUACAACUAUUGGCAUUUUCCUCACCCUGGCCUUUGCCGGUAGCGUUAUCUUUUCUGAGAGACUAGAGGCCGUGUGUGAGCUAGGACUAGAGAAACUUGGACCUCCCACCGCGAGGCUGGGAGGCAGAAGUUUGGCUGAAUGGAUGUUAGUUUCA